CUUCUCCCGCUUGCCCUUGGCCUUACACAUCCGCAUCUUCGAACGACUGUGACUGCCACUGCGACUGCGACUGCGGCGGCGACUGCGAUAGCAACUGCAAACCCUCCUCACGCCGACAACGUCCCCAGACAACCACAACCACAACCACAACCACGAACAACCUCCCUUCUUUCCCCGGCCGGCUCCCUCGAUUCGCUUCGGCUUCAUCUCAUCCUGCUAGCCUGGAGAAUCAAAAUCGCUUUUGUUCCACGCGAGAUGGACAAAUCAUGACCUCGCGACCCAGCGUUGGGCGACAGGGCCCUCAGCGCUCCCUGAGUUCGACAAAUGCCCUGCAGAGGCCACCACCGCAUCGCACGCUCUCGCAGCAGUUCUCGUCCUCGUCCCCAACAAGGCGAGGGAAUGAGGGUUUUGUGGACUUGACAUUCGAUGAGUCGGUGCUGGCUCGGCAUGGGCCGAGAGUUGGGACCUCGCGGUUGCGAGUUGAGAUAUCGAAAGACUCGGGGCCCUCUGAGAUGGUGGAAUCGCCGAAACCCAUAUCAGACGCCGCUCCUACGUGGAGGCCAUCACUACCUCCACGAGGGCGGCCACAACUCCAUUUUGAUGUGCCAAGUGUCAGCAACCUCAGUCCCCAUCCUGCGCAGGACGGCGGCCAGAACGAAGUCACGAUAAAGCCGAUGCCUUUGCCCGUGAGGCCCGGACAGCACGCUCCACCGUCUUCUGAGAAAUCUCGUGCGGCGCCAAGUAAUGCAGCGAAGAAAGACGCCCGUCCAAAGCCGUAUAUUCUGGAAGUGCCGACAGCCGCCCCUCAUUAUUCCCCAAAUGGCCAUACCGAUUUCUUUCCCUGGACCGGAAACCAUCCCGAGGACCAAUUCUCGGAGCCAGUAAUUCGACAUGGCUUUUUUGACAAAGCACAGAUGACACAGAACGAAACAGGAUCCGCUAAGCCGUCCAUAUUCCCAGCCCUCAAGCACAAAAGCGGACUUCAAACAUUGUCAGCUUUAUUCACGAGUGUGCUUGCACAGCGAAGGGCUCAUGGACAAAUCACCUCGGCAUCAACCUUCAAACCCCCACCGCGUGUUACAGUUACAGAUACAAAGAGAGAAAUGUGGUUGAAGGAUCUAGCAAACCCCACGAUAUCUUUACGGCGUCUCAGUAGAUCUAUUCCUCACGGAAUAAGAGGAAAGGUGCUGUUGGAUCAAUCUUUGAGCAAGAAUAUACCAAUAGAAAGAGCCGUAUGGUUGGCCAAGUGUGUUGGGGCGAAUGAGUUGAGGUCAUUCAGAAGAAAGGGUGUCAGCGGCACGUUUGCUAUGGGCGGUGAGGCCAAAUGGAUUAGGGACUUCACAGUUUGCGUUGAACAAUUCAUGGAAAGCAUUCUUGCGACUUGCGGAGAGAAAGAUUUCAAAACAAGGAUAAGUUACGCGAUACGUCUUGCCACUCAUUUCUAUGCCGAAUAUCUUCUUGAUCGUGAGCACUAUAUGGACUGGUUGGUAACGUCUCUGGAAAACAGUCCUCAAGCGAAGCUGCCUAUGUGGCUUUUGAUUACUCAAGUUUACUGGAAGGAUCUCUUGAAAUACCGAAAAUACGGACGUCGACUUUCAGCGGCGCUUUUGAGUCAGCUAGCUAGGACAUUAAACCACCUAGACCGCGAUAUUCUGGCUCCUCUAUCUGAUCGCCUGCGAGUUCUACUGAAAGGAAUUGUGAUAUCAAACUCGGAAAGUUUUGUUGGCCCGAAAGUAUGGGCCAAGCACAGAGAUGUCAUCAUGAGCGACUUGGACCUCGACGAUGAGCGGUUUAUGUCUAUUCUUGCAGCACUUGACCUACGAAAUUCUCGUCUAAACGCUUCCGGUACAGAGAAAACACUAACCGCUCGACGGCGUCUGCUUUAUGUCCUUGACGGUACAUUAAUACGUCCGCUGACUAACGAGACGGCUCGACAGUGUUGGGAGAUUGACGAAGACAAAGCCAUGCUUUCCCGUACAAUUUUGGAAUGGUCCUCGUCGUCUUACCGGCCUGGAAAUGCUAAAAUAUAUGUGGCUGCUCGCAUCAUGAGGUCUUGGAUCAAAUUCGGUGCAGACGUCACUAGUGCAGUUUUGGAUUUCCUCGACUCUGCAGUGUGCAAUUCUGGCCGCCGAAACUCUGCCUUUUACCAUCUGGUCUCUGAGUUGGCCCGCUCGGAGCACUUUUCUACACCAAGGUAUCUGGAAUGGUUGAUCGCUCGAGGUGGUCUGUACAAUGCCAAAGAUGUGGCUUCAGAUGGGCCUUGUGCAACACGACUGUUGGCUGAGCUCCCGACAAACAACCUUAGUGAGAGCAUCGCUGAGCUUCGUGCGACUUUACUCAGUAGGGCAGGUUUUCUGGUAGAGGAAGAGGAAGAUCAAACGAAUGAUUUGAUGACAUUCAUGAAUCAAAACCUACCCGGUAUGCAAGCCACCGUGGACGAUAAGCUUGAAUCGCAGAGCCUCGACGUCAAUCUUGCAAGCAUUUCAUCCGAGGCAAGCCGAACAACCAAAUCAGAACUUGGCCUCUGGCUGCGACAAAAAGUCAGGCUUCAGAUGGCGCAACCAACAAUACCACCCUUUGACGAUUGGGAUGAUUCACCGAUGAAAGGCGGGACCUCUGCGAUCACGUCAUCCGAUUUCAAUACCGUCCGGCAAUAUCUUGAGCUCAUCGAUGACUAUUCGAUGCUUGCCGAUGUCCUUAAGAUCGUUACGAGUUCCAAUGACGCGGAAGUGCUUGCUUCUUGUGUGGAUACGCUAGACUUGCAUAUCGAGGUAUUCUCGGCAAUAGGUGCACUCAGGGGGCUAUUUGAUAUUCUCGUGACCCGUCUUCGAGCCUUGUCAGAUGAGAUUGACUCCAUCCCGAGGGUACUUUUGGUCACUUUGUCGGACCUUGCCUCGCGACUCCCGGAGCAGAGGAUGGUAGCUCAACAGCUCGCUCAAGAGCUUGCCCGCAGCGAUAGAAAGACCGCUGCCGAUGCUUGCUCACCGGUGUCUGACCACAUGGCACUCGUUCAGACGUCGGAGGCAGACUUUACAGACGAGAUUGAGAAAGUCUUAGCAAGCGGCAAUAGCAUGGAUCAAGCCACUCUGGAGAGGCUUUUUCAAAGGAUUAUAUUGCGACUGGAAGAGUCAUGGGAGAAAUCGCAGGAACAGCGAAGCUGUGGGUUGUUGCUCACGAGGCUCAGGACUUUCGACGCCCAGCAGUUUGACGCUCUGAUGACCGCAUGGAUAAAACGGCUUGUACCGCGCCAGAACCGUCCAACUAUGUUGGAAGUGUUCGGACCCCUGAUCAGUUUUGGAUGUCUCGCCCUUCGAGAUGUUAUUGUCAGCUCCGGUGCAACGGAGACAAUGGAAAAUCCACAAGACUCGAGCACCGCUCACGAAGCUCUUGGAUUGCUGGUCACAUCAUUCUGUCUUCCAGAGACGAUGACCAUCGAAGAAAGAUAUCGUCUUCGAAUCAAGCAAGCGCAUAUGCAGAAGGAUCACCCUGUUGAAGUUUUGAACGUCGUUCGUCUUGUGUUUGGAGAACCCAUCGACUUGGAUGAACGCAGCAGCUCUUUGGAUAGGAAGAUUCUCCAAAGUGCGGACUUUCAUGAGCUCCUACAAGUUCUUGUUCUAUCCGAUACCCAUCGAUUUAUUGACAACCUAGUGAUGCCACUGCUUCAGAGUUCCACCCCAGACGCCGCCGUCACCAUCAACAGAUGUGUUGACAAGUUUUUGUUAGCCGGGAAUGAGAACGAGACUAUUACGACGGAGGUGCUCCUUAAUCUGGCCGAUGACCUGUCUUUACCAUUCUGCCAAGUCAAGCUGGCUGCCAUGUUUAGAAGAGAUGAUACAGUCAUGGAAGGUGCAGAUGAUGGGCAAGCAGAAGACCUCGAGGCAUUCGAUCGUGCCAUUGAAUCGGCAGUGGCUACAGGGAAGACAACCUGGGCCAGCAUCGUUCCGUUGCUCGAUGCUUCAAUCGCACAACGCUUGCGACAACGAGCGGAAGCACGUUUCCUGGCUUUAUUCCCCUCGCCAAAGGCUACGGGUGGAGAGGACACCAUGCAGAACCGUGUCGUCCAUGCCGAAAACCUCCUGCACAUAAUCGAUGCAACCGCGUACAGUGCGUCUGCCACAAACACGUCCGUUGGUGCCACCAAUCUUGCUUGCGACAUCGUUGCAGUUCUGAAUGGCCUAUGGCUGCUGCUUGCAAAGUCUCAAUCUCGAGAUAUUAAGGAUGCCAUUAUGUCAAAAUGGCUCCCACUUCUUCUUUCCUUCACAACAAUCCGCAUACCCGCGUUUGAAGCAACAAAACCCGGUCACGAGAGCAGGGCAAAAGCUGUCCUAGCUCUUGCAGCUAUAUUUCUCCAACUACAAGCCCUCGACAUCGCCACGGAUGAAAUCAAGAACCUGAUAGAGCAAACCUUCGACCUAGCACUCUAUCUAGUAGAUCCGCUACCUGAAGAUAUGCGUCAGCAAUGUAUUCGAAACCUUCGAGAUGCUGCGUCGAGCGCCCAGAUUUCAUACCUUUUCAGUUUUACGCCGAAUCCAACAGAGUGGCUUGUUUUGAGCCAAAAGGAGAGAACAUUGCCCCCUCCGGGCGCUGGUGUUGCUGAAAGGGCGACUGAAAAGGAAAAGUUGGUUCCUUUCUCCUUGAGGAGGUGGGAGAUGUUGGGCGAGCCGACCCCAAAUGUGGGCGAGAAUGAUACGAGUUUGAGCUUGACACUCUUCGGGGCUAGGAGGGGGUAAUAUACCCUCAUGCUAGUACUAUGAAUGCAUAUUGCUUGGAAGCCAGUAUAAACAGGAAAUAGCGUGUUGGAAAGUUGGGAUCUUGGAGCAUUGGACAUGAAUGAGACAGACGAUGUUACGAUAUAGAGAAUUUAGAAUAAUUCAAUCAUGAUCAACUUCCGCUUACGGUAUGAUACUGUUCUAUCC